UGCCGACGGAUUUAUCGCCGUCUGCUCAAGGAUUUCUCUUUCACCCGCAAUCUCGCUCGCACCCCUCACGGUUGACCAACAUGGACGCCGAGGACGCCAGCACGAUGGCGGCUCAAGAGGAACGCCGAGUAAGAGAUCUGCAGGUCGACAAUGCCAUCCGCGCCAUCCAGCACAAGAAGCCGCUCCCCGAGAUCGACUUCACCAUCCACACCAUGGAGGACGGGACGCAGGUCAGCACGUUGGAGCGAGUCUGCAAAGAUGUACAAGCGCCCGCCAUGUACAAGCCGACCGACGAGCAGUUCUUUGAGGACGAGACUCGCCAAAAGCCCAAUGUGCAGUUUCUCAAGCAACACUUUUACCGCGAAGGGCGCCUCACAGAGGAGCAAGCGCUAUGGAUCAUCAAGAAGGGCACCGAGCUCUUGCGAGCCGAGCCCAACUUGCUCGAGAUGGACGCCCCAAUCACCGUGUGCGGCGAUGUCCACGGCCAAUACUAUGAUUUGAUGAAGCUGUUCGAGGUCGGCGGCGACCCGGCCGAGACCAGGUACCUCUUCCUAGGGGAUUACGUCGACCGGGGCUAUUUCAGCAUCGAGUGCGUCCUCUACCUCUGGGCGCUAAAGAUACACUACCCCAAGACCCUCUGGCUGCUGCGCGGCAACCACGAAUGCCGCCACUUGACCGACUACUUCACCUUCAAGCUCGAGUGCAAGCACAAGUAUUCCGAGGCUGUCUACGAGGCCUGCAUGGAGUCCUUCUGUUGCCUGCCGCUGGCGGCAAUCAUGAACAAGCAAUUCCUGUGCAUUCACGGCGGCCUCAGCCCGGAGCUUCACACUCUGGAUGACCUCAGAAAUAUUGACCGCUUCAGGGAGCCCCCAACGCAGGGGCUAAUGUGCGACAUCCUUUGGGCCGACCCGCUCGAAGACUUCGGGCAGGAGAAAACCACCGACUUCUUCGUGCACAACCACGUGCGUGGGUGUUCCUACUUCUUUUCUUACGCGGCCGCCUGCCACUUCCUCGAGAAGAACAACCUCUUGUCCAUUAUCCGGGCCCACGAAGCGCAAGAUGCGGGUUACCGUAUGUACCGUAAGACGCGCACAACCGGUUUUCCCAGCGUCAUGACGAUCUUCUCGGCGCCCAACUACCUGGACGUUUACAACAACAAGGCGGCUGUGCUCAAGUACGAGAACAACGUCAUGAACAUCCGCCAGUUCAACUGCACGCCGCAUCCGUACUGGCUUCCCAACUUCAUGGACGUGUUUACCUGGUCGCUGCCCUUCGUCGGCGAGAAGAUCACCGACAUGCUCAUCGCCAUUCUCAGCACCUGCUCGGAAGAGGAGCUUAGAGAGGACAGCUCGACCACGUCUCCCGGCCCCGUCUCCCCGUCCCUGCCCUCCGCCGCAAGCGCCAGCGGCCAGGAUCCCGAGUCCAUCGAGUUCAAGAGGCGGGCGAUCAAGAACAAGAUCCUCGCCAUCGGCCGCCUGUCGCGCGUCUUCCAGGUCCUGCGCGAGGAGUCCGAGCGGGUUACCGAGCUUAAGACGGUGUCGGGCGGCCGGCUCCCCGCCGGCACGCUCAUGCUGGGCGCCGAGGGCAUCAAGAACGCCAUCAGCAGCUUCGAGGACGCGCGCAAGGUGGAUCUGCAAAACGAGCGGCUGCCGCCCACCUCGGAGGAGGUCCAGAAACAGCAGGACGAGGAGCGCGCCCAGGCGCUCGAGCGGGCCGCCCGCGAGGCCGAGCAGGAUAAGAAGUUGCAGACGCUCUCCAGGAGGCUGAGCACCGAUCGGAAACGGUAAUUGGGUCCGUUCUGAUGCACGGUUGGAGUAUUGGGGGGAGGGGGCGCCGUAGUGGCAGUGGCAGGAUAUCCAUGGUCGUUGGAUCCCCCCGGGAGGUUAAUGGAGCAUGCGGUUAUAGGCAGGCGGAAACGUGCCUUCUGCGUUGUUUAUCAUGCCUUGAAUACGGUAGCAAGACGAGAUACCCCGUCUUGAGUACGGAGUCGCGCGUCGGGAAAAACAUCGACUGAUGAAAAACAUUGAUUGAUGAAUGCGGAUUAUGACCUCGGCAGGUUUCUUUGGUGUACUUCGUGAACGGCGAAUCCCUGGCGGCAACCUUGAUCUCAAUCU